UGUUUAAACCACUUCAGUAUAAGAGGAUACUCUCUUAGCAGGACGAAUGUUGAGCAGACGGAACCGGUCUGUGGCUCUUUAGAACGUGCGUGUUUGUCCCGGGUGACACUUUUCCCAUGUGUUGGGCGCUCGUGCGGCUUGAGCGCUUCUUCCCUCCAAACUACAGCUGUCCCCUCAGUUUCAGGAAACUUGGACUCGAGAAUCCCAGAAGGUCUCGCGAUAACAGCUGUGUUUACAGGCAGUAUUUAUGGGCAGCAGUCUCCCCCUGCCGUUACAGCUGCUCGGUUCGGUCCAGUCAGUGAGCGCGGAGCGGCGUGCGGUGUGCACGAGCUUCCUGGACGUGUGUGUUCGGGAACUCUCCGCUUAUUUUAAUUUUUUAUUUUUUUGGAAGACUUCCUUCGGUGGAAGCUGCAUCGGUGGAGAGUCCAGAGUGAGGAGUGAAUCCUGAUGAACUGUGCUUGUGAAAGACCCUGCAGUGGAUCAGUCCUCCAGGUGGUCCUCCACGGUCUCCUGCAUUCCAGAUCACACCCCUCUGACCACUUCAUAUCUGAGGGGAAGCAGAGCAGACCCUGUCCUCCUUGACUGAAGAGGAAAUCACUACCAGUGCUUUGACCACGCCGACACUUCUGACCUUCACCAUGCAGCCCUGCCCUUUCGUCUUCCUCUCCACCCUCCUCCUCUUCCUCAUCCCCAGCUGCUUCACGCAGAGCGAGGCAGACUUUCUGGUCCAGACAUACAGCGGCCGUGUUAAAGGUUUCCAGUUGGCCAUGCCGGACCAGAGCCGCCCAGUCGUCGGGUUUCUGGGGAUCCCGUUCGCCGAGCCGCCGGUGGGAAAGAGGCGCUUUCGGCCCGCCGAGCCAAAGCGCCCGUGGCAGGGCGUGUACAAAGCCGAUUCCUACCCCAACGCGUGCUUCCAGUUUGUCGACAAAUCAUAUCCUGGCUUUCCGGGGAUAGAGAUGUGGAAUCCUAACAGGGAGAUGAGUGAGGACUGCCUGUACCUCAACAUCUGGGUGCCCUCAUCAGUCAAACCCCACAACCUGCCAGUUAUGGUCUGGAUCUAUGGAGGAGGGUUCUACAGCGGCUCUUCUUCUCUGGACGUGUAUGACGGUCGCUACCUCGCCAGUGUGGAGAAUGUAAUUGUGGUGUCUAUGAACUACCGCAUUGGUGCGUUUGGGUUCCUCGCUCUGGACGGUACAGCUGAGGCUCCUGGGAAUGUGGGUCUGCUGGACCAGAGGAUGGCACUGCAGUGGGUGCAAAACAACAUUGUUCACUUUGGAGGAGACCCCAAACAGGUGACCAUCUUUGGUGAGAGCGCUGGUGGAGCCUCCGUGGGUUACCACCUGUUGUCUCCAGGCAGUCGGCCUCUCUUCACCAGGGCCAUUCUCCAGAGCGGCGUCCCCAACUGUCCCUGGGCCUCGGUCACCUAUGCUGAGGCUCGGCGGCGUGCCACACUGUUGGCCAAGCUGGUUGGUUGUAAUGGAGGCAAUGACACUGAGCUGGUUGACUGUCUGCGUGGUAAAACUCCCCAGGAGCUGAUCGAUCAGGAAUGGCAGGUGCUGCCAUGGUCUGCCCUCUUCCGGUUUUCCUUUGUGCCGGUGGUGGAUGGCGAGGUUCUUCCGGACAGUCCUGAGGCCAUGGUGAACUCAGGAGACUUUAAAGACACACAGAUUCUUCUUGGAGUCAACCAGGACGAGGGCUCCUACUUCCUGCUGUACGGAGCACCUGGCUUCAGCAAGGACAAUGACAGUCUCAUUUCCAGAAAAGACUUUCUAGCAGGUGUCAAGAUGGGCGUUCCACACGCGAACGACAUUGGUCUGGAGGCGGUGGUGCUGCAGUACACGGACUGGAUGGACGAGAACAACGGGGAGAAGAACCGCGACGCCAUGGAUGACAUUGUGGGCGACCACAAUGUCAUCUGCCCGCUGGCUCUAUUUGCUUCCUCUUAUGCCAGGCACCACGCCGAAAAGGCCAACAACGGUUAUGGACACAUGAACAACGCAGGAAAUUCACAAGGAGGGGUUUACCUUUACUUCUUCGAUCACCGCGCCUCCAAUCUGGCCUGGCCCGAGUGGAUGGGUGUGAUCCACGGCUACGAAAUCGAGUUUGUCUUCGGCCUGCCGCUGGAGAAGAGACUCAACUACACCUCAGAGGAGGAGAAACUGAGUCGACGCAUGAUGAGAUACUGGGCCAACUUCGCACGGACAGGGAAUCCCAACGAAGGAAUUCCUGACCGAGGACGGCGGUGGCCCGCCUUCACCCUCAGCGAGCAGAAACACGUUGGGCUCAACACCGAACCCAUGAAGAUCCACAAAGGUCUGCGCAACCAGAUGUGUGCGUUCUGGAACCGCUUCCUGCCGCGCCUCCUCAACAUCACCGACAACAUCGACGAGGCGGAGCGCCAGUGGAAGGUGGAGUUUCACCGCUGGUCCUCCUACAUGAUGCACUGGAAGAGUCAGUUUGAUCACUACAGCAAACAGGAGCGCUGCACCGACCUCUGAGAGGCUGACCGCCACCGUCGGCCCUCCACAGCCCCCCGGUCAUGUCCCAUCUCAAGCACACACACAAACCCGAGCGACGCUCCUCCUUAUUUAUUUUAUUUAUUGUCUGGAUUCAGUGUUGUCUCUCUGGGGUUGUGUGUGCGUUGUGCAGCUGAGGGGCUGCAGAGGGACUUGAUGCAAAUGUUAACAAAGGCUCAUUACCUCGUGUGUGUGAGUGUGUGUGCUGGUUUUCUGUAGACACUCCUGUUCAUGAUCGUCUCAUCACACCUCUUUCCAGAAUAAAUCAGGUUUUGUGUUCAGAGUAUAAACUGUUCAGGACCACGACUUCUAUCAGCGCUUCGCUCCGUCACUGUCUCCGUCACUCUUCCCGUCUCACCCGUCGGCAUUCGGACCAACCGGCGGCUCUCUCUCAGACUGUUUGUGUGUUUGUGUAGUUGUCAAAAACACCUGACAUGUCCCUCUCCGUCUGUCUGCUUCUGCCUCCUCCACCCUUCCUCCAUCCCUUCAGUUGUCCCAUCCCUCCUCCAACCCUCCCAUCUUUUUGUUUACGUCCUCUUUCCUAUCCUUUCAACUCCGUGCUGCUUCUGCUCCUCGCCAUCCCUCCUCGUCCACCCCCCCUCCACCUCUUGUUAGCCUAAUGGAGGCAGAGUAAUUCACUCAGCGGCGGAUAAUGUGGCAGAGCGCUGGCUCAGCCUCCGGCUCGCGGCCAACGCGGCAUGAUGGGUUGAUGGAAAAUGGAACAGAAAAGGUAGAGAGCAAGCGGUGGCAGAGAUGAGGAGAGCCAACGGAGAGGAGGAGGCGGAGAUGUGAUGGAGAGAUGAGGAGACAGAGGUGUACGCGGUUGCAUAACUGCAGAGGAGGAGUCUGCAGCGUCUGAACGUGGCAGCGAUAGCAAAGUUUCCACACACUCCUCUUUUCUGACCUUUUUACGACAUAAAAUCUUCAUUUUGCAUCCUUUUAUAACGCCACACCACUUCAGCUCGUGUUUGCAAAGCCAGAAAACUGUUUUUCUACACCCCCUGGUGGCUAGUUUGUGCACUGUUCUGGUCCUGAAUUCAUUCGUUUCACACAGUUGGUCUCACUUGUGCGGUCCAGACGUUCUGAAGUCUCAGUCAGAGCAGCGUCUUCAGAAAUGCGACUGCAUCCACAUGAUGGAGGAUCGUGCGCUGGAAAGACAUAACCCAAACCGUCACCUGCGUUUGUGCGUGUCAGAGCCAGCUCCCGGGGGAGAACUUGGGUUCGGUUCGUGAUUUUUCAUGUCAGCAUGGCAAGCUUCUGUUUUCGGCUGCAAGUCGAUCUAAAGAUCUUUUGUGUGGAGUAAAGAUUGCAGCUUGUGUCUCCUCAAAGAGGGAAAUGCAUGAGAGACAGGUUCAUCCAGUAGAAAAGCCCACCUAAGCCCCGCCUCUUCCUGUCCCGCCCUCUGCAUGUUCUCCAUCCUCCGUGUAUCCUGCUGAACUCGGACUGUUACUUCCUGUGAAUUUGUACUGUUCAACUCAACUAUUAACCGAUAAAUGAAUAUAUAUAAAUAUAUAUAUUUAAUCUUAGUGAUGUUUGAUGUUAGCAAUAAAUACAUUAGUAAAGGAAUAUAUUUAAUAUUUAAAUACAGUAAAGUUGAAAUCAGCAACGAGGACUGAUCCAGUGGUGUUUUCAAAGCAAUAUUAUUCAGACUAUAAAUGAACUACGAGUGCCAUAAAAAGCUGUUUUUCUGAAACCUUUCUGUUCGGCUCGUACUUUUCUGCCUUGUCGUUGUUGGUCCCAGUGUCGAUGACUGUAAACACUGAAAGGCUUCUGCAGCUUCCUUCUCUGUCGCUGUGUAUCAUGAAUGCUGGUUUGACGAAGCUAAGACAUCACAAAUAAAGACACCCUGCUGCACCCGUG